AUGGAGCUCGGAAUUACUGGUGGCGAGGAAGAUGGCUCCAUGAGCGAUUUAUUUACUAUCGCCGCAGCAUUUGGUAAUUUACACGAUGUCUAUAAACCAGGAAAUGUGAAACUCUCGCUGAUUCUUUUAAAGAAACAUCAAGAGUAUGUCAAAGAGAAGACUGGGAUGAAAAGCGAUAAGCCUGUAUGGUUGGUGUUUCAUGGUGGUUCCGGAUCAUUGGCCACGGAAAUUAGCGAUGCUGUCAGUUAUGGUGUUGUGAAAAUGAAUGUUGAUACCGAUACUCAAUGGGCUUAUUGGGAAGGUAUAAGGAAUUUCUUUGAAUCUAAAAAAGGGUAUCUUCAGACACAAGUUGGAAACCCCGAAGGUCUGGAUAAACCAAACAAAAAAGCAUUAUGA